UAAAAAAGUUCGAAUCGGAUCCCAUCUGUCCGAUGUGUAAAGAUGUGAAUGCACCGCGGUGGCCCGCAUUUCUUUCCGUAUUUUCUUCGCCUGAAUCGUUUUUUCUCGUAUGAAAGUUUCUCGUCCUAGAACCGUGUCUUCGACAACUUUUAAGUUCGGUCGUCGUCGCCGUUGUUAUUGUCGAUGAUGUCAGGAAAGAAGGCUGCCGAGAAAAUCUCCGAGAUUGACGCGCACAUCAGCAAACAAUACGACAUCAUACGACGCCUCGGUAAAGGGGCGUAUGGAAUAGUAUGGAAGGCGAUCGAGAAGAAAAGGAAGGAUAUCAUUGCGGUGAAAAAAAUCUUUGAUGCCUUCAGAAAUCAGACAGAUGCGCAACGUACGUUCCGCGAGAUUAUGUUUCUACUGUCGUUUGCCAAUCACGAGAACAUCAUAAAACUCAUCGGACUGCACAAGGCGGACAACGAUCGGGACAUUUAUCUCGUUUUCGAGUACAUGGAAACCGAUCUUCACAACAUCAUUAAGCGGGGCAACAUCCUCAAGGACAUCCACAAGGUCUUCAUCAUAUACCAACUUUUUAAGGCAAUCAAGUACAUACACUCGGGCAAUGUUAUCCACAGAGAUUUGAAGCCAUCCAACGUACUCCUGAAUGCGCAAUGCCAUUGCAAGAUCGCAGAUUUCGGACUGGCGCGCUCGGUAACGCAAAUCGGUGAGGGCGAUGGUGAGACUGGAAGUGAUCCAACCUUGACGGAUUACGUCGCAACCCGGUGGUAUCGCGCACCAGAGAUUCUCAUAGCUUCAAAGAGAUACACAAAAGGAAUAGAUAUGUGGUCCUUAGGCUGUAUUCUCGGCGAAAUGCUACUCGGAAAGCCACUCUUUCCCGGUUCGUCGACAAUAAACCAAGUCGAAAGAAUUAUGGCGACCCUGCCACCACCGACAGACGAAGAUUUAUUAUCUGUUAGUGCUGGUUACGGAACUAAUUUAUUGGAAAAGACACCCACUGGACCCAAACAGAUUCUAAAAGAUCUGCUACCAAAUGUGUCGGAGAAAGCAUUGGAUCUGAUUAGCAAUUUAAUAGUUUUUAAUCCCACGCAACGACUUACCGCUAUCAAAGCGUUGGAGCAUCCAUACGUCGCCGACUUUCACCGAAGGGGAAAUGAACCGGAGAGAAGUUCCAGCGUCGUGCCGUUGUUGAGUGAUGAUGUGCAGCUUUCCGUCGAUGAAUACAGAAAUAAACUUUACGCGAUGAUAGACGAAAAGCAUCGAAAGCAUAAAAACAUGUCAAAAUCUAGACUGCGGCGAUUAUCCGAAAACAUUAGAAAGGAAACUAGUAAAAAUAAUCCAGUGAUCGGCCAAGGAGACGCGACUGUAGCAUACCCAUCAUUGUCAAGUAGGAAGGCAGUCAGAUCGUCUCAAAGCGAUAAUAGUGCGCGCGUUACAAAAACUCGGGGAAUGAACGUUUCCAUAGAAGCGCCGGUACAGGAAAAUCUCUGGCACAAUGUCAGGAAUGUGGCGACGCAGUAUGCCUGUAACUUGACGAAUGGUGAUUUUGGAAGCAUACCUCUGGCGGCGGCUAAAAGCUGUUUCUACCUUGAUCAACAGCACCAUUCGCAGUUGUCAAAGUCCCAACGUUCCAUACAAUUGGAUCAGAUGAUGAUGCACGGCACCGGCAAAUCGAACCAAUUAGCGACGUCGGUACCUCGCAUUAAACUGCGGAGAGCUUGCAGACAGCAACCAGCUCUCAUUCAAGCGUCAAGACCUUUCGCCUCGGCGUCCGCCAACUGUGGAUGUCGUGACAACGAUCAUCAGUUUAGAAUAAUGCCGGUAACGAAGUCGAUCAGAAUCAGCGAUAAUUCGCAGUGCAUUAAACAGAUGCCCGGUAAUGUCAAGAAACAUUUCGUUAGGACAAUCAACGACGGAAUCAGCAAUCCGGAAUCGCCGUAUGUCGAUCAUCAGCAAGCUAUUCGCAACUAUUUAAAUCAGACGGUGCCAACGCAGCAACAUCCUCGAGUGCGAGAUCGCAUGCCUUGCCAAGAUAAAUACGGCUUCGCCGACGAGAAAAUCGAUACUCGUCUAAAGAGUAUGGCGCGCGGUUCUACAGGCAGAUCACAGCCGAGGCACAGCUUCGACGAUGGCUGCGUCGUCAUGAUGAGAUCGUCGACGACGUGCGACAAGCCGAGGUUCCUGGACAGCUACAGUCAGAGCCACGGCGUGAUAGCCGCAUCUAUCUACAAGGAUCUCUGCAACGGGACUAUAAAGUGCAAAAGUUUCCACUGUGAUCCACAGGAUCUUUUCAAUUUUUUCUGGUCAGUACGAUUUAAGUCUUGGGGACUUUUGCGUGCGAUGAGUUUGUAAUUAGAUCCAGCGGAAUAAAUCCGCGGUAGAAAUUCUUCUGACUUAUAUCGGCGAAAAUAUAAAAAAUGUAUCACGCUCUUAUAAUUUUUCUUCAAUAUAUUUCUUUUAAAAUUAAUAUUUUUUAAUCAUUUUUACUUAUUUCUAGUAAACAUAUUUUUGUGGGAAAUGUUUGCUUUAUAAUCUAUUGAAAUGCAAACGAUAAUGUGAAAACAAUAGAUUAAGAAAAUUGUUAAUAAUUUUGAUAAGAAACAGACGGUCGUCAUUGACUUUUCGUGAGAGUUCGCUCGUUCAUUUUCACGCAAGGAGCAAGCCGCCUCAUGUAGCGCAAGAUUUUCAAAUAAAUAAGUAAAUUUUGCACAAGAUUAACAUAUAAUUAACGCUAUAAACCGCGUUUGAUAUUUGAAGUUCCUAUGGGAAUAAUUAUGAGAACGAUGCGUAGGCCGAGAGCGACAUAAAUAAAAAUUUGCAAGUAAAUGCAAUCUUUUAAGGCUCAUCACCUUGACUACCUCAACUUUUCAUAUCGCAUAAAAUAUUGAGAAAAAAAAGAUAAACCCUGGUGUAAAAGUUCUCUCUCUCUUCUAAUAACGACAACGUGACAAUAACGAGAUCGAAUUCUUUCUCAAUGGAAAGAGAAAGGCAUCCGUUUCAAGAAGACCAAGACGAUAGAAAUCGAGGUUGCGGAAGAUCAUCCCAUGGGAAUUCGAAGAUCACGUAGGGGCGUUUAGCGUGUAAGGUAGGCGUACAGGAAGCGCGAUACGAAUGUGAGGCCAUAUAGCAGAAAAUGCGUGACACACAUUUUUCUAUAAUAUUUUAUUGAUACGACGCGGAGAUAUAUGGAGGAGAUAUAUAGCAUACACAUACCAUGUAUCACUAUACAUAUCCGUUGUCAAUUUAGUGUACAAAUCUCAUUAUAUCAUAUUUGUGUCGUCGGUACUUUUGUGCAGCGACGCUUAACAGCGUUCGGACUCGUGUGUACUAUAAAUGUGAGAAUAAAAAAUUUUAAUUA